ACUUAACUAAAUAUUCUUGUUCCUGUUGUGUUAGCCAUUUUUACAUUUUUCUUUGAAAAUUAUCAGCAUUUACAAGUUCUCUUGCAGGGAAGAGUAGUCAUAAAUAAUGAUAAUUAACAUAUUUAUUAAAAACCCAUUUAUCUUUCUUUUUUUGGUCAUUCUUAGUAAGUCAACAUAAUUAUAAAUUCAGGUUUUUAUUUAGCAAGUGUUACUUCCUGUUGAGCUGUGUAUUGUAAAAAGAAAAAAAAAAACAACACAAAUAGAUUGCAGAGGCAAUACAGUUUGUAACUGUAUGUGCUGUGUUUUUUAAGUAAGUAAAAUAAACUGGAACUAGAAAUGUUUAUAUCUUGAUUUUUUUGUGUGUGUUGAAUUUUUUGGUCAAAUUAAUGGUUUUACAUUUUUCCUUGACUUUUCAAAGAAUGCUUCAAGAAUUAUACAAAGACUUGAUCUGUUGCUAUAUCAGUGACCUUUUUUACCUAUGACAUUCUGAAGAUACCAGUAUUUCAAUGUAAUAAUAUAAUUAAAUAAAUCUAUAAUUUUUCCUACUAGAAUGCCUCUUGGGAUGAAGUUGUGCACUCAUACAGAGGGAAAACAAACUAAAAAGAAGACUCUGAGGCUGAUUAAAUGGCUGCAAAAGAAACACCUUCUAAAGAAGAAGCUGAGAUGCCCUGUUUGCCACCAUAAGAUGAAAAUGAUAUCUGUGGUGAAGAAAGACCUAUUUAUGUGGUAUGAAUGCAUGAUAAUGUAGAACAUUUAACAUCACAUUCUGAUAUUAAAGGCAGGGUACGUAAGUUGGAAUUGUUAAAAUAAUUUUGACCAUCUGACCUUGUUCUAUGAGAAAAAGUGUGAUCUUUCAUAUUUUAUUUUUCUCCUAAGUCCCUCCCCUGGCUUUACAGCUAAACUAAUAAUUUCUGCAAGCCUACCACACUGGCUAAUAGCACUGCAUUUCAGAUGUUCUCUCACUUGACUCGGCUUUCCCUGCAUGUGCACGUUAGGAGGCGUGGCUUUCGGCUCAUUCAGGAAGGUCGGGGAUAGAGCAACAGCCCUUCAAAUUUUAAAAGCAAGACACAGUGCUAACUUUAUCUCAAUAUUUAUUUAUUUUUUAAUAUAAUUUUGUGAUAAUGUUUAUAGGUUCAUUUAUUUACCUCACUUUUUGGUUUGUUCUCAGGUGCUGCAAAAGAGCAAGUCAUAGAAAAGUCUCCAGAACAAUUAGAACUGGCUCCCUCUUUGAGAAAUCAAAAUCUUCUCUUUUCAGUUGGAUGAAGUUCAUCUACAGAUUUUCACAAGGGCUCAGGCUCAGGCAGAUAGAUAUGAUUGAUGAUGAUGUGGCUGGCAGCUCCAAAACAUUAAGUGCCAUGGCAAAGCGUAUUCGACAAGUCUGCAUCAGUGCAAUGGAAAGACACGGAGUAAAUAAAGGGCACUGUCUUGGUGGUCACAAAGAAUUUGUGGUUAUGGAUGAAAGCUGUCUCCGUCAUCAGCGAAAGUAUGCACGUGGACGCUUAAAUGCUUGGAAAAGAAAGAAAUGGGUCUUUGGAUUGAUGGGAGUGAAAGACAAAAGGCGAAGGCUCGUGUUAAAACUUGUAGAGAAACGAACAAGGCGUCACCUUGUUCCUCUGAUCAGACAGCAUGUUAAGUCGGGAAGUGCCAUUAUCAGUGAUGAGUGGAGAGCCUACAAGAAUGUCUUGACAAACAUGGGGUACAAACAUUACACAGUAAAUCACAGCAGGUGGUUUGUUGAUCCUCACUCGGGCAGUCAUCCACAACAUAUUGAAAGAGCUUGGAUGACAAUUAAAGGACAUAUUCGCAGACUAAGAGGAAAUCGUACAGAGAUGUUGUUGGAGGAACAUCUUAAAGUUCUCGAAUGGUCAUCUUGGCUUGGUUCAAAACAUCCUGAUGGACCACUGGGACGCUUAUUCAAGGACAUAUGGAAAUCAUUCCCAGUUUAACCUGAAUCUCUUCUACAACAGUUUUUUUUAGGGACGGGGUAUUUGGUGUGUUUGAUGAGUUUGGAUGUUAAAUGUGCUACACUUACAAUACAUGACCAUUUUUGACAGUAGUUAACAUAGUUUGUACAAAUAUUUUAAGCAUUUAGUGUAACUCUGAAGUUUAACAAAUUUAAACAUUUAAGACUAAU